AUGAAAGGUGGUUCAAGUCAGAAAAAUAGUGACAAGAAGCGACCUAACCAGUGGAGUUUCAACAACAACAACAAGAGAGGAAAGGAGCAGUCCCAAGAAAAGCCAGGAUUUCCUCAAUGCCCAAAAUGUAACAGAUAUCAUCCUGGUGAAUGUCGGGUUGGGACUAACACUUGUUACAUAUGUGAGAAGCCGAGGCACUUUGCAAGGGAAUGUUCCAACCGUAACAAACAGUAUAAAGGAGGAGAAGAAAAGAAAACAAAUGGCAGAGUCUUUUCCUUGACUCGAGAAAAAGCGGAAGCAAGUCCAUCCACAGUAAUCUCAGGUCAGCUCAUUUUUAAUAACAUCUCUACAUCAAUAUUAGUUGAUUUUGGAGCUACACAUUCAUUCGCAUCAAUGCAUUUUGUUGGUAGACCGAAUGGAUUACCUGUUAAGAUGGAUACAAGUUUUAGUAUAGCACUGCCCUCCGGGGAAGUGCUAUACUCAACUCAUUGGUAUAAGACUAUACCAAUUACAAUCAAUGAUAGGGAACUAUAUGUUAACCUGGUCAUUAUCGACAUGAAGGACUAUGACGUCAUUUUAGGAAUGGAUUUCCUAACAACGUAUAACGCUAGAAUCGACAGUAGUAAGAAAGAAGUCAUUUUUGCACCAAUAGGAGAAGACGAAGUUCAUUUUCAAGGGAAAAUAAAAUGA